GAGGUGCGGCCGUCCGCACUCCGUCUGCUGCCUGCGCCCCGUAGCGGCCGCCCGACCCGCGAGUGUCCGCACCGAGCCGAGUGCCGCGCCGACGCCGCCCCUGCCAUGCGCCGGCUCUGAGCCGCCAGCGCGCCGCCAUGCCGCGCGUCAAGCCCGCCUGCGUCCGCCGCGUCUCCAUCGGUGAUAGUUCGGGGUCCUGCUCCGAAGAUGAUAUAAACCACUUGCAAGAUGAAAGCAGAGAUCGACCAGAGACUCACAUGUGUCCGCGCUGUCACGAACAGUUUGAGAACCUUCACGACUUCCUCUACCAUAAGCGCGUUUGCGAUGAGAAGGCGCUGCAAAUGGGUGAGGAGAGAAUGCACUCCGACCCCGAAGACAUGGUCGUCUCGGGUGAUGAGGAAAUGGACGGACCGAAUAAAAGAAUGGACCAAGUCAGGAGGCACCGCCAAGAUGCGGAAAAUAACAAUAGCCUAGAAGACGGUGAGGCUGAGGUACCUGAAGCUGACGUGCCGCCCGUAGGAUUACAAUUUCCCGUGGCUGGUCACGUCACAUUAGAAGCUCUACAGAAUACUAAAGUAGCGGUUGCACAAUUCGCAGCUACGGCUAUGGCCAAUAAUGCUAAUAAUGAAGCUGCCUUACAUGAACUGGCUGUAUUACAGAGCACGUUGUUUACGUUGCAACAUCAACAAGUAUUCCAAUUGCAAUUAAUACGUCAGCUUCAAAAUCAGUUGUCGCUAACGAGAAGAAAAGAAGAUGAACCCGGGAGCCCACCGCCGAAUGAACCGGAACCGAAUAUCCCGACAACGCCGGCUCGAUCGCCGUCUCCGCCUCCGCCUCGUCCGCCACGGGAGCCAUCUCCUGCUGAGCCUGCUCCUCCUACUAGCCAAAGCUUGCCGUCAACUCAUUCACAUCUCACUCCGAAAUCAGAACCGAUUUCAAUUCCUAAACUUCCAACGUCGUCACCUCCCAUGAUGUCACAUCCUCCCUACAGCUCCAUAUCAUCCUCAUUAGCUUCAUCGAUCAUCACAAAUAAUGAUCCACCGCCUUCCUUGAAUGAACCGAAUACACUUGAAAUGUUACAAAAACGAGCACAGGAAGUACUCGAUAACGCAUCACAGGGGUUACUAGCCAACAACCUAGCCGACGAAUUAGCUUUUAGAAAGUCUGGAAAAAUGUCUCCGUACGAUGGAAAGUCUGGUGGGCGUAACGAGCCAUUCUUCAAACACCGAUGCAGAUAUUGUGGAAAAGUUUUUGGAAGUGAUUCUGCACUACAAAUCCACAUUCGCUCUCAUACAGGCGAACGACCUUUUAAGUGCAAUGUUUGUGGAUCUCGUUUCACAACAAAGGGGAACCUCAAAGUUCAUUUUCAAAGACACACUGCCAAAUUUCCUCACGUCAAAAUGAACCCCAAUCCAGUACCAGAGCAUUUGGAUAAAUAUCACCCUCCGCUGCUAGCACAACUGUCACCGGGGCCGAUUCCCGGAAUGCCACCUCAUCCGCUUCAGUUUCCUCCAGGUGCUCCGGCACCCUUCCCGCCAAGCUUACCAUUAUACAGGCCACCGCAUCAUGAUUUGUUGCCUCCACGACCGCUCGGCGAUAAACCCCUUUCACACCAUCCGCUCUUCGGAAUGCGCGAUGAACAAGACGUACCGGCAGAUUUAAGUAAACCUUCCGCAUCGAGCCCCUUACGGCCACCGUCUGAAAUGUUUAAGUCUGAGCCCCACGAUGAGGAAAGCCAACGAGAAUCUAGUUUCGAGGAGUCCGACCGUAUUUCACCAAAGCGAGAAGUAGAAGAAAACGAAGGAGGACAAGACGGCGAGCACGACCGGUAUCCUUCGACAUCGCCUUAUGACGAUUGCAGUAUGGAUUCAAAAUACAGCAAUGAAGAUCAAAUUGGUAGAGAAAGUCCUCACGUCAAGCCCGAUCCAGAUCAACCGGAAAAUCUUUCAAGUAAGAAUUCAUCGAUAUCUGGACCAGUUUCAGUAGCUACUGGACUACGCACACUUCCUUCCUAUCCGUUGUUCCCAAAUUCUCCACCAAGUAGUAUUUCUUCGGGGAGCCUCACACCGUUUUACAAUAAUCCAUAUAGUGUACCUACCACUGAUUCAGACUUGACCCGGGACCCUUUGUUUUAUAAUUCUCUAUUACCACGUCCCGGUAGCAAUGACAAUUCUUGGGAGAGCUUAAUCGAAAUCACAAAAACGUCUGAAACCUCCAAGUUACAACAACUGGUCGAUAAUAUAGACAACAAAGUAUCCGAUCCUAAUGAAUGCAUCGUAUGUCACAGGGUUUUAUCUUGCAAAAGUGCUUUGCAAAUGCACUAUCGUACACAUACCGGGGAGCGGCCAUUCAGAUGUAAACUUUGUGGUCGCGCCUUUACCACCAAAGGUAAUUUAAAAACACACAUGGGUGUGCAUCGUAUAAAACCACCCUCGCAAUUGCUACAUCAAUGUCCCGUUUGUCAUAAAAAAUUUACUGACCCGUCUUUAUUACAUCAACACAUACGACUACAUACAAGCGAACGUUACAGUACGCCCUUCGAACAAAUUCGUCUCAAUGAUGAUAAAAACUGCCCAUCGCAGAACAUAGGCUCCGAGGAGGCCAAUUUUCAAUCCUUUGGUCCAUUCCCACCUCCUACAUUUCCCACCCCGUCUACUCCCGGCGACCGAAGGGCGGACUCCCGCGGAACCGACGAUGAGAGCGGCCGGGACGAUCGCGAGCUCGCCGCUCGGGAGUUCGACGACGACUCAAAUAUGAAGGAUCGUCGAACUUCGCCGCUCUCCGUCUGCGCCACGGCGUCCGAAUGCGAAAUAAAAACCAUCACCACAACGGCUUCCCUCCCAUCGGCGACAGGUUCGGAGAGCGGGCGCAGCGCGCGGGCGUCGCCGCCGUCGCCGUCUCCAUCGUCGCUGUCGACGCCACCGCGGCUGCCCCAGCACUCGCCGCUGCCUUCGCCUCCUACGCCACUCGCCGCGCUCGGUGCUCUCGGUGGAUCGCCAUUCAGCCCACUAGGACUCGCGUUCCCUCCCGCAGUGCGCGGCAACACGACAUGUUCCAUCUGCUACAAAACAUUCGCCUGCAACUCCGCCCUCGAGAUCCACUACCGCAGUCACACCAAAGAGCGUCCGUUCAAGUGCACCGUCUGCGACCGUGGCUUCUCCACUAAGAGCAGUGGCGGUUGCCAGUGCGGUAGGCGCGCGCGGCCCGCCCGCCCGCCGCACGCCACUGCUUUGGACCUGUGGAACGCCUUCGUAUAUCCGGGCAACAUGAAGCAGCACAUGCUCACGCACAAGAUCCGCGACAUGCCGCCGGGCUUCGAGAAGUCGUCGGGUCCGUCGGGCCCGCCGAGCGAGGAGGGGCGGGAUGCCAGCCCCGACCGCCGCUCCUCCCCCGACAAGGUGGACCUCAAGCGGUCGCCGCCAGCGCACCCGCCGCCGAUGGCGCACCCGCCCAUCGACAUGCCGCCGCUGCCGAAGCGACCCGCUGUACCGAGUGCGCCGAGCCACCCGCCGCCGUCCGUGUCGUCGAAGCACCUAUGCGGGGUGUGCCGCAAGAACUUCUCAUCAUCAUCAGCCCUGCAGAUUCACAUGCGCACACACACCGGCGACAAGCCCUUCCGCUGUGCCGUUUGCCAGAAAGCAUUUACCACUAAAGGAAACCUUAAGGUGCACAUGGGCACGCACAUGUGGAGCGGAGGCGCGUCGCGCCGCGGCCGUCGCAUGUCGCUAGAGCUGCCGCCGCGGCCUCUGCACGAGCCGCACGAUCUGCUGCGCCGACCGGACCUCUUCUACCCCUACCUGCCCGCGCCCUUCCUCAACGGCAUGCAGCAGAAGCUGAACGAGAUAUCCGUGAUACAGCAGAGCGCGGGGCAGAACGGCGUCGCGAAGUUCCCGGCGCUGAUCGGGUUCGGGGCUUUCGGGGGCCGGCCCGGGGCCGCCUCGCCACUGGAGAGGCCCCCGUCGCUCGAGGGCGGGGACGAGCGGCAGGCGGCCAUGCGGGAGCUGGCCGAGCGGGGCCGCGAACUGGCCGAGCGCAGCCGGCAGAUGCGCGAGGACAGCGAGCACUACCGGGCACCGCCCCUCCCGCCGCCCGCCGCCAACCCCUCCCCGCCCCACCCCCUCGCGCCCAUCCCGCCGCCCGCGCGCACCGAGGGCCUCACCGUCUAAGCCCCCAUACAUUCCACGUCACCGACGGCGACAGCGGGAGCCGGUGUCACAUGUACAAAGCUAGUUUAGUAAAUGACUGAUUACGGUAGAGAUGUGCCCGCUAGUGAUCUCAUGUACUCAUGUAUUUAAAGCCCAGUGUGUAUUGGUCGUUAGUGGUGGCACGUUCGGAGCUCGUAUGCUACCGAGAGCUUUUCGUCGAAGGUUUCAUGUAUCGUGAUGCUCGAAGCGUAUGAACGUCGCGAGCGCCGAGCUGUAAAUAGUUAGCCCGAACGAGCCGGCAUCGACUAGUCGGCACAUUUCUACCGGCAAGCGAGAGUUGAUAGAUAUAAUUCGUGUCGAUUUAGCGCUGUGUACCGAUGUGUUAUUUCGCGUAAGCCUAGUAUUACUGUAACUUAUGUAUGGGCACUGUGGCAAUGUGUACGAGCGUACGUCGUUACUCUGUGAUAGUGCACGGUCGGGGGCCGCGUCCCCGAGCUCGCCCGAGAACAUUCGACAUCAUCCGACGUGGGACGCGGCCCUAUGUGCUAUGACAUCAAAAAUUAUUAUAAAUUAUCCCAAAAAUUUAAUUCAUAAAUCUAUAUACUUAUCUUUAAAUGUAUAUAAAUGUAUAGUACCGUAACGUUAGUUAAAUUUAUAUUAAACAUAGAUUAUGAUAUACAUUAUUUAUAUUAUAACGUAUGCGGCUGGAGUGCGAUAUGCAUGAUUUUGUCUUACACCACAUUCCAACGACGAGAUUGACGACUCACUCGCCAGGAGUAUUUUAAAUCCUCGUGACUUAGGGAUGAACUAUUCCAAAAAUCUUUAAAAACAUUUACUUAACAUACUAUAUAAUUGUACCAGAAGUUAACGACAUAUUCAUAUCAUGUAAAUUAAAAAGUAUUUGCAUUUGAGGUCUACAUAGUUCUAAGUGUUUAGAGUCAUAACUAUUGUAAUGCUUUAGAAUACUUCGACAUAUCUUUUGAAUCGUGUGUGCACUCUCGAACACUGACUGAUAUUAUUUUGACGGUUUCAAUGCAUUUCGUAUGCUCGUAUGUCAAAAUUUAGUUUAAUGUGAUUUGUUUUCGAUGUUUAGACGUGUACCGGCUAACUUAUUUAUACGAUUGUGAAUCAUGCAUACACUCUUAGUAUUAAACGCUUUAGGCGGUAGGCCUUCGCAACAAUUUAGUUGUUUAGUAAUCUCCGAUAGCACUUAACGUUGAUUUUCAAGUUGGGAAUAGAUAUAGAGUAGUAUUAGCCAUGAAUAUGAUGUGUCAUGUCCAUGUCAGUAUAUAAAUAAUCACUGUAAAUUAUUAAAUGUUUAUGUAAAUGUCCAAAAAGUAUUCAAAUUAUUUAAAAAAC